AUGCCGCGGCAGUUGUUGCGCCUGGGACUGUCGCAGAGUGCUUCCUCACUCUUCCUGGCCGAUGGCGUUGAAAAUCUCAGUUUCGAUUGCGAUGGCAUGUUCGUCCACCACAAAUCUCGGACGAGGACCAAUGCGAAGUUCUGGAAGGACCAGACUGUCGCUUUGCUGCUGAAUUUGGAUCCAAAGAGUCCCAACGUGAACACUGUGAGUCUCUUCAUCGACGGCCAACGGGCGACUGAGCCGAUCCAGCUGCCGGAAGAGAUGAAGGGGAAGACGUUGUAUCCCACCGUGAAUUACAAGAACCUGUCGCUGGAAGUGAACUUCGGUCCUGUUCCGCGCGUGGCGCUGCCCUUCACAUGUCACAUGCUGCAGCAGGCAGCGGCAGAAGAUGUGGAAGUGAAAGCGAGCAAACGCAAGGACGGGAAGAGCGACUUUGUGCUUCCUGUGGGUUUACCCGAAAUGGGUUACUUCGAUUGGGUCGACAAGUUUCUGGCCGAAAACCCGGGAUAUGUGGAGUUGAGCGACCGCAUGAUUCUGGAUUGGGCUGCGAAGAGCGGCAUUUGGAAUCGCAAGAAUGCAGGAGCUGGAUCCAAUGAUAAACCUGAGGCGAACACGGGCGUCAUCGCCAUCGAUGACUGGAGCAUCAGUCGUGUCAUGGCUGCCGUGGCGCCUACGAUGCCCAGGAAUUACGUGGUGCCUGAGUUGAAGGCAAACUUGGUGCCAGCCGAGCGAAAGGAUGCCCUUGAGCGAUUUACUUCCGACGAGUUUCAGCGGAGGGCCAUUGUGCUCAUGGGCCAACCUGAUGAAUCCUACAGAGAAUAUAUCCAGAAGAAGAUGCUCAAAGAGAAGGAGUGGCAAGCGGAGCUGGAGCAAAAGCGCAAGGCCCAGGAGGCUGAGCGAAAGCGGCAAGCGGACGAAAGGAAGAGAAAGGCGCAGGAGGUACAGAGGAGCCUGGAAUUGGCGAAGAAGAGGAAGCUGGCACAGGAGGCAGGUGAAGAAGAGCCAGGCGACGAGGAGGUUCCAGAGCCCGAGGCGCCAGCUGAGACCGAAGCCGCCGCGGAGGAGGUGGCGCCGGUGACGUUGACGGAGGAAGAGAAAGCACUGAAAUAUUUGCCCUCCACUUCCACAGACAUCGCCGAACGCGAACUGGCGAGAUCCUACGCCAGCUUUGCGCUGCCUCAGAAGAGUGAGGGCUUCGAAAAAGUGGAGUUCGUUUGGGAGAAGGAGGCGGCCUGCUCCGCCUUGUUAAAAUCUUGGGUCCUCGAGAAGAAACAGACGCAGCGGGCAGAGGAUUUGGUGCCAGGCGCUGAGUUCAAGCAGGAGUGGCAAAAGUGGCAGAAGGUUGUGGCUGAGUGGCGAAGGAGUCAGACGGACUUCAAGGAUCCCAACAAGCGCCGGGCGGCAAAGGAAAAGAAAAGCGAAGAGGCGAAGAAGCUCCUGGAGGAGGAGAAGCAGAACUUGAUCGAAGCCGGCGACGAGGCAGGCGCAAAGGCACUGGAAGAAAAGGCGCAGGCGGCGGCAGCGGAGGCCGAGGCCAAGGAGGAGCUGGACAUGGAAAAUUUGGACGUCUUCGCUGUGGAGGACAUCAAGGACAUCGGCAAUGGUGAGCCUCUCUUCGCCAACUUUGGGUAUGAGGAUUGGAUUUUGCUGAGCACUCGCUUUGAGCUGCACCUAUUGAUCCACAGCUUCAAGAGGGAUCUGGACGAUGCGGAUCGGCCCAGUUUUCCACUGAAGCACUUGUCCUACUAUUACCACAAGUACUAUCGAAAGGCCUGGAAUUUCCAGCAAUUCAGCGUGCCCGAAUUUGACGAUUUGCUGGAGUUGCUGAAGGAUUCCAUCAGCCUAGAGGGUGAAGGUCAAGAAGGUCACCUGAAGGCGGACGCCCCGGCGGACGCCUCGCUGGAGCGCUUCGUGAAGCUCACGGAAGACAACCGCCGGGAGAGGCAGAGGCGCAUCGAUGCAGGCGCCGUGACGGCCGUGGUGGAGCAGUGGAGUCCCUCGGGGUAUGCUGAAAGCUGGGGAAGAUCCAUAGGAUGA